AUGAAGCUUCUUGAUCCACUAUGGUGCUAUAAAAUCACUACUCAAAUACCCUAUAUCCAGCUAGGAUUUAUCAUAGUUAUUACUUAUCAUCUAGUAAGCGACGAAUUCGAAUUAGAGAAUCGAUAAUCAGCAAUUGCAUGGUUAUUCUUAGCUCACAUUUUCUCAUUUACUGUGGAAUUUAUAAGACAUAUGUGUUACAAAUGCUGCAAAAUAAACAACCGUUUUAUAUCUUUCACUUUUAAUUUUCUACAUUCAGCUGCUUACUCUGGUGCAAUAUUUUAUGCUUAACUUAAGAUUCUUGAACCUGGUAAAUCAUCUUUACUGAACCCAGAAGCUUUAUCUAAAGAUUAAAAUGCUUUGCUAUGGCUACAGAUGGAGAUUGUUUACUAUUACCUAUAUGUUGGCCUUGCCAUAGUUUUCCUUUUUCUCCAGUCUGUUUUUAACCUAAAAAUCUAAGUAUACGAUGUAAAAUUUGUUAGAAAAACAGAUGAUGUAAUACUAAAAGAAAAAAAAUAAUCCCCAGAAGCUACUCAACCAUUUUUGAAAGAUUAAAACUAAAAUGAUAAAAUAUAAUAGAGAAUUGAUUAAAAAAAUAAGGAAUGGGAAGAUAGCUACAAUAAUAUAAGGUCUCAUAAAAAAUAAAACUAGGAUUUCUUGAUUAUAAUUAUACCAUAACUUCAAACAUUUUUCAUUCAUGGAAUCAAUCUGUUUUUCACCAUAAUAUUUAUAUCAUUGUAUGAUGAAAACAGUGGAGAAGAUAACAAGCCAUUUCAAACUUAGUGCAUAUACAUCAUAGUCUUAUCCUUUAUUUUAUAACUUUAUACUAUAUUUGAUUAAUUCAACUCUUAGGACUUUGGAUAGCUUACGAAGAUAAUUAUCUUUAUAUUUGAUUUAAUUGCACCCAUUCUUCUUUGCACAUUUAUUAUACUAGCAGAGUCCUCAGAGCGGAUAGCUAAAUAUUGUGCUUAUAAUUACUUAUCAUUUAUAAUUGGUAAAUGGGUAUUUUAUCUAUUUCAUCAAAUUGCAAAACGGAUAAAGAAUCUUUAAAAGAGUAAUGAACCAGAAGAUGAAUAUAUCGAGAAAAAUAAAAUGAAAAAGCAAAGACUUAAUCCACCCUAUAUGAAUAAAGUUGAUGUAGAAGUUGAUAUGUAUUCAAUAGCCUACCUAAGCAUAUUUGAAUUAGAAUCUAAUGAUGACGAUUCUGAAAAUUAAAGCUAAAAUAAGACACCAUUGCUGUCUGGAUAAAAUUCCCAAUAAUAACAACAAGAUAAAAACCAAUAAAAUGCUUUAACUUCUAGUAAUGAUCAAGAAUAAUUGCAAUAAAACUAAAAACAAGAAUAAUUGCAAUUAAACUAAAACAAUUAGAAUAGUGAGGAUUAGAAAGUUAAUUAACAAUAAAACAAGAGAUAGGAAGAUGUUGAUAUCAUUCCAAAUAAUGAAGUCGAGGCUGCAAAGAACUUCUCCACAUGUGUUUUCAUAUUUUGUAUUCAACUUAUACUAGUCUCUUUAGUAUUUAUGGAAUUUUUUUCUACAGACUAAGUUGAUUCUCUAACCUAUGAGGUUCUUUUGACUAGACUGCUUCUUGCUAUUUUGUUGCAUAUGCAGCUUGAAAGAGAAAUAAGAUAGUCAAUAACUAUGCUUAAUUAUGCCAGGUUAAAAGUUAAAUCAGGACAAAAAAGAAAUGCUUUGAUUACUGUAAGUGUGAUGUAAUUUUUUAGUGCUUUUGGAACUGAACAUGUCAACAUCCUGCUUAUCUGUACAUAGUAUUCAGUCAAAGAUGUUAUUAUGAACUUCAUUGCUCUAGGUGUUAUUGCUGAAAUCGAUAAUAUCUAUGCUAGAACUCUUUAAAAUAACUCUAUUAAGAAGAAAAUUGAAGAUCCAGACUAUAUUCCUUUGAAUUUAGAACAUACUCCUACUUUAGGGCCUCAUAAGUGGUAUUUUCCAGCGAGAGUAUGGCAUUGGAUUGUAAUGACUUUUUAUUAGUGCUAUUACUACUAUUUCAUGCCAUAUACAGCCCUUUUAGUAAGCUAUAUUAUGAGCAAAAAUCAAAGUAUCUGA